AUGUCGAGAUCAUUCCUAAUGGAUUCAUUGCUAAGUGAAAAGCCAUCAAAGCGAAAGUACGCCGAGACAGCAAGUCCAAUCGGAUUAUCACCAUUCAUGGCACAGUAUCCACCAUAUUAUGUUGGCAGCUACCUUUUUUCGCUCGGCAUCCAACAACAGCAACAGCAGCAACUUCAACAACACUUACAUCAGCAAACAUUUUCGCCAUUCUUAACCGCUAAUUUACCAAAAUCUCCGCGCCAAUGUGAAAUAACACCUCCGCAUGAACCUUCACAUCUAAUGGACUAUAAUAACGCUCAUCUAUUGACCGCUUCCUUGACUCCAUCACCAAACGCUAACUCCUCGCUACAUUUCUCAGCAGAACGAAAUGGAUCACCGAGCUUUGAACAGCGCAGUAAAAAAUAUAAAUGUUCACCACCACCGUCGCCGCCAGCUUCAAUCUCCGACUAUGCUGAUUCAAGCAAACGUAUUCGCACAGCAUUCACAAGCACUCAAUUGCUCGAUUUGGAACGCGAAUUCGCCACGAGCCAAUAUUUAACACGUUUGAGACGCAUCGAAAUUGCCAACAAAUUGAAAUUAUCCGAAAAGCAAGUGAAGAUUUGGUUCCAAAAUCGUCGUGUUAAGCACAAGAAAGGCGACGUUAGUCAACGAUCUGCUGCUGCAAAUCAUCCAAUGCCGCGGGCGAGUGCCACAGCGCUUUCUGUUCCAAGAAUUAAUUUUAGCGAGUUUAACUUAAGUAAAUGA